UAGACAUAAACAUAGACGUUUAAACAGUAAUAUAAAGACUGCCCUGAAGGUGAAAGACUAGGAGGCGUGUUCACGCCACCAUGUGAUCGGAAAUUACCCCCGCAGGGAGACAAAAGUCCCGAAACAAGAGGGAAGCGGAGAGUUUGAGCGGGUCCUUCAGGAUUUAAGGAGCUGCUUUUAUUCAGCCACACGUCCACGGACACGGCUGUUCUCUUCUUCUUGUCUCCUCGGUCAAACCCAGCAAACCACGGCGGAGUAAGCUAAGGGUUGUUUGGAGGUCAGACGGCUGAAAUGACAAAGCUGUGACGGUGGACAUCCAAGAGUCUUUCUGCUGGCCUAAAUCGAGUGACAUGGCUGCUACAAAGAAGAGGUGUGCAAAGGUGGGAGGCGUUCACUUCCCCGAGGAGCUUCCCUCUGUCGGAGCCCCAUCCCAUGUUCAUUUUGACGAAAAGCUGCACGACUCUGUUGUCAUGGUGACCUUGGAGGAUGAUGGCAACUUCAUGGUCAAGGUUGGCUUCCUGAAGACGCAGCAUCGCUAUGAGAUCGUAUUCACCCUGCCAGAGGUCCCAGGUCUGGGUAAAGAUGUGUGUCCAGCUCCAUUACCCAACCCACACCUCAAAAUCACCAACAUCUCAGCGGCACCAGAGGGAGGCCUGAAGGUAACGUGCGAGUACUUGGCCCUGCAGGAGGGGGUUCUGUGUGAGGAGGUGCUGCUGCUGAGCGAGACCAAUGACGAUGUCUGCAUCAGGGUCAAAGUUCAUGCCAGAGUCAUGGAUCGUCGCCAUGGUACGCCCAUGCUGCUGGACGGGGUCCGCUGUAUCGGCACAGAGCUGGAGUACGACUCGGAGCAGAGCGACUGGCAGGGAUUUGACUGAACCUCGAGGCUCCUAGUCCCACUUGCACCUGCAGAAACAACACACCCUUGUCAGACGUUUACACCCACCAAAAUACACAUCUUUUCACAUAGAAAAAUAAAAGCUUCCAUUCUGAUUCGUGUUAGAUACGCAGAUUAGUGCAGAGCAGCAUUUCAUCUGGCAGCCAUUGUCAUCCUGGCCUCAGUGUUUAAGGUCAGACCUUUAAUAUGGGAAACAUUCCUCUGCUGUGACUCUCUCAGCAGCAGCAUCAGAACCUUCUUCUCACCUGUUCUUGUCGUAAACUGUGUUUUCCUUACUGAACCUGUAGAGGGCAGCAUUGCCUCAUGAAUCAGCCUCAGAUCCUUCUCAGUGCUUCUUGUUCUCUAGUUCUUACUGCUCUUGGAUUUAUAAGUUUUAGGUGUAUACAAGGGCCCAUGCAUGAACAUUAAAAAGCUUGAUUCUGGGAAUAAACAUCUCUGAACUAUGAAGUAUGAACACUGAGGUUAUAAUGUCUGUUUAAUCAAGAAAGGGCAUUGUAUACCACUGUAUGUAACACCUCUCCUGUCAGGGCUUUUCUGGAACCCAAAGGUUCCUGUAGUUUUUUAUGUGAAAUGCAUUUUACAUUCUGUAACGGACAUUUCUGUUGUGCUCUCUUGGACCUUUUCAUCAUUACUAUUUCAGAUGGUUAUUUUUUUGUUGCUUUGCCCUAGCUGCUGCUUAGGAGACCUUUAAAAUGGGUCAGGGUAUUUUAGUUAGGACAGGUGAGGAAUGCAUGUGCAGCAGCUGUAUUUAAGGAGGGAAGAAAUGAUGCCUCAUUAUAAGGCGCCCAGGUAAAUGGCACAAAUCUGCAGCCAUAUUUCAGUUUUCUGAGGUGCAUUUCUUACUGUACGACUUUAGUAUAAAGCGGUAUUGACAUUAAUAACUGAGAGGUUUUGUUUCGUCCUACCAUACUGUUCUCAGCGGCAUUCAUUUAUGAUUGAGCUACAGAGUUUUACAAAAAUAAACCAAUUAAAUGGUUGAAAUAAAAACCACAAUCCACUGCAAAAACAAUAUUUUUAUUGUAUUAAACAGAAAUAUAAGCAUUAAAUUGAGUCUGCAGACAUCAGGUUAUAAUGCCAAAUGUGUGAAAAUUGAAGAUGUUUUUUUGUCUGUUUUUUAAUGGAAUAUUUUUGGUUUGACUCGUGUUUUUUUCUUGUUGCUGCCCUUGUUCAAGCCAUCCAGCAGGUAACCAAGUAACUAAUUAAUCCACAAUGUGAAUAAUCCUAUUUUCUAAAACCUGUUUCAACCACUAAAAGGGCAUAUAUCAUCAUGUCUACAGUUCUUCCUUCUCAAGUGUGUUCAGGCUUGUAGUUCAUGAUACUUAUAAUUAUCUCCUGGUCCAAAAUUGAAAAAUAUGUAAAAAAGAACAGGAAGCGAGUACAAGGCAGCUGAGAAGUCGGCUGAAUCAGUGAAUCAAUGCAUAGCACAAUGGCAGCGCAAGACAAAAGUAGUGAUAGCAAAGGCCUCCGUUCAAAUUCAUAAAAUGAAGAUUAAUGUAAUUAUUUACCUCAGGGAGAAGUCAUGGGAACUGUCAUAUGUGAGACAUAGCUUAGAGACCUAACAGACCGGCACCCUACGGAGGAACAUAAAGUCGCCCUGUGGAGAGUUCAACCUGCCUAUAAUUCACCACCGUAGUGAAUGUCUUAAUGGGACAUAAACUCUUAAUUCUUGCAACAUUUGGGUUCAUGUAAUUUAUGCUCCAGUUCUGACCAGCUUUGUUACUCCAAUUUCCCCCAUUAGCUGUCACCAAAAUACACUAUAUUGGGAGUCCAUGCUGUAGCUGUACAGGUCCCCCUUUUUCCUAUAUGAUCAGUCCGUGUUUUACCAAUGAUGCGCUAACUACACUCCUGUAAUGUAGCUGACAAGUCCGUUGUGCCACUGAAACAUUUUAGGUUCAUCUGCAGUUUUCUGAUGUUGUUUGGCCCUAAAAGAAACUUCAGGCUGAUGUUACACAUGCAGAUAAUAGAAGGGAAGUUAAAACAAUCAGACAGAAUCAAAUGAUCUUGCCUCCAUUUGGAUCAAACAGAGAUAAUUUGAUGCUGCUACAUUUAAUUAUUACUAAAAAUAUUUGCUACCUGAUUAAAUUUUUGCCUGUGAACAGUCCCCACACUCACCUUGAUGGUCUGGCUGUUGAUUACCUGAGCUAUUGAUCAUAGAUGUGGCAUGAGCCCCCAUGCUUGGCUUGUUCCUUCCUUUAAAUCCAAGAUUCCAGUUAUUUUAUACAGAGUGUUUCCAACAGUGGGACUGUUGACCUGUACUGGGUCAGGAGGAAUCCGUCUUCUUCUCUGGAGCUCAGAUUUCCUACACUGAUGAUCUUUGGAUGAUGAUCUUUUUGUUGUCACCCCACAUAUUUCCGUUUAAAAGGUAUCUUAAGGAAAACGAGCUGUUUUGUGGUUUCGGUUAGAAAGUGGUCCAAGUGGUGCAAUUACAGAUGUCAUCAUCCAUACAUGGGAGUGCCUUCCUGUUUUAGAGGCUGCUUUUGAGUCAAGAACGUUUAUUUUAACAUUGCUUAUCCACUUGAAAAAAACAAUAGAGAGGCUGAUUGUGAUUUUUGUUUCUUACCUUCAGGAUUUGUAGGUUUUCUGGCUGUAAAGUUUGAUGAUAUGUGCCCUUUAAAGACUUGAGACAUUUCCAAAGCCUUUACAAACACGUUUUGACAAAAGUGCCUUUCAGUCCACUGUCCAGUCACCCUUUGUUUUAUCAGUCCUUACCUACCCUCUUUAACUCUCAGGCAGCGCUGAUGUGAAGUGAGAGUUGCUCUGAUGAAUAAAGCAUGCUUAGGAUUUGAAAAUAAAGGAGCAUUCUGAGUAUUUUUGUCUUCAUAGUCCAGAAGGCUGCCUGUAAACCCCUCAAACUUCCACCCGCCGGACAAAAUCCCUCACAUCAGUGCUUAUGGAUCAAGUGCCAUGAUCACACAUCUCAUUUACAACCCUUUAACAAUUCCUACUUUAUAACCGUUUUUUGUUUCUGAAUGUAGUCAGCCUUAAAAUAAAACAAGCAAUCCACUGUUUCUCCUCUUGAUUUUAACACAAAUAGAUUUAACUGGUGUUUUCUUAAGCAUAAUAGGGCAAUGUAAUGUGUUAGUGUAAGAACAAGGAGAUCGGUAGCGUAGUUUUUCAUGAACGCCGUGCUUUAAUGUGUGGAGACCUGCUUCCCUGUGAGUGGAAACUGUUUUUGUUUUUUUUAUGUGAAAAGAGGAAUAAACAAGUGAGCCUGUA